CUAGUAAAGUCUCGGUUUACUACCAGGUGCAUAAUAUCAAACCCGACUCGAUAUAACAAUACCUACCCCUACCCCGCGCCGCAGGCCAACAUCGCGAGUCUCUGUGCGCAACCAUGGAAGUCGAUUCCGAGAAGAACGCGGUCCCCGCGGGCCACGACGUCGAACAUGUCGUGUUGGAGGACAAGCUGCGACGGUCGCUAUCGGCGCGCCAGGUGCAGAUGAUAGCCAUCGGCGGCACCAUCGGCACCGGCCUGUUCCUUGGCACCGGCCGGGCCUUGGCGACCGGCGGCCCCGCGUCGCUGCUGAUCUGCUACGCCAUCGUCGGAGCCGUCGUGUUCGUCAUGAUGCUGUGCCUCGGCGAGAUGGCCGCAUUCGUUCCAGUGGCCGGAUCGUUUUGCAGCUUCUCGGGCCGCUACGUGGACGACGCCUGGGGCUUUGCGCUCACCUGGAACUACUGGUUCAACGACGCCGUCUCGACGGCGGCCGACCUGGUGGCGCUGCAGCUGCUGCUCCAGUACUGGACCGACAACUUCCCGUGGUACGCGCUCGGCCUCGUCGUUUGGUUCCUGCUCGUGGUGGCCAACAUUGUCAACGUGCGCGUCUACGGCGAGGUCGAGUACUGGCUGUGCCUGCUCAAGGUGGUCACCAUCGUCAUCUUCAUCGUGCUCAGCAUCGUGGUCAAUUGCGGCGGCAACACAACGGGCGAGUACAUCGGCGCGCGCAAUUGGUACCUGCCGGGAGCGCCCUUCGUCGGAGGCAUCGGCGGCUUCGCGAGCGUCUUCGUCACCGCGUCCUUCGCCUACGGCGGCACCGAGUCCAUCGCCAUCACCGCCGGCGAGACCAAGGACCCGGCGCGCCAGCUGCCGCGCGUCGUCAAGAACGUCUUCUGGCGUAUCCUCUUCUUCUACAUCCUCUCGUCCCUGCUCAUCGGCCUCAAUGUGCCGUACACGUACGAGGGGCUGGCGCAGAAGCAGACGCUCACGUCACCCUUCACCAUAGCCUUCAGCAUGGCCGGGUCCAAGGUGGCCGGCUCCUUCGUCAACGCCGUCAUCCUGACGAGCGUGGUAUCGGCGGGAAACCACGCGCUAUUCGCGGGUUCGCGGCUGCUGUACACGCUGUCGGUCAACGGGCACGCGCCGCGCGUGUUUGGGCGCCUGACGCGGUUCCAGGUGCCGUGGGUGGCGGUGCUGUUCACGUCGCUGGUGUCGGGGCUGUUGUUCGGGGCGUCGUUCGUCGGCGCGGGCGAGCUGUGGACCUGGCUGCAGAACAUCGUCGGCGUGUCGAACCAGCUGUCGUGGAUCAGCAUCGGCGUGGCGUCGCUGCGGUUCCGCGCCGGCGUCCGCGCCCAGGGCAAGGAGCACCUGCUGCCCUUCCGCAACUGGACGUACCCGGUGGGGCCGGCGCUGGCUGUGGCGCUCAACACCUUCAUCGUGCUGGUGCAGGGCUGGUCCUGCUUCAGCCCGCGCUUCCGCGCCGUCGACUUCGUCAGCUUCUACAUCGAGCUGCCCGCCUUCGCGCUGAUGUUCGUCGGGUGGAAGCUCGUCAAGCGCACGCGGUUCCGGCGCGCGGGGGAGAUGGACCUCGUCGCCGACGUGUACACGAAGGAGGAGGUCCAGCCGGAGGUAGGGGGGUGGGCGGCGAGGGCAAAGCGGAUGGCGGGUUGGUUGUGCUUCUAGGGCUGGCUUGGCUUGGGGGAUCGGUAUCCUCUCGCCUGU